GAACUAGCGAAAAUAUGCUGUAUGGCUGCCUCCCUCUUGUUUACGCCGGUCAACACAUGUCGAUUGCUGGUGACUGCUACCACUAGACAGCUGAAAAAAGUGAGACACACAACCAGCCACCUCUCCUGAGGUGCCUUGAGUUGAUUACCUUACCUUUCCUCUCCAUAUAGGCUCUGCCAUUUCAGGCUCUAUCCACCUUCGUCCGAACCAUCAACGGCAUUGGCUCAGAUGAGCAAGCUGGGCACAUCAUAGCUUGGGGCUCUUUUGUCUCGGUAGCACGAGGGGCUACUUGCUGCCAUCGGCGAUCAUGCUGGCCGUCGAGGUGGUGGACGACAGCCGCCUGGAUCAUCUUCCAGCGAGACCCCCGACACCCCCUCAAAGAAAAGGGUCCGAAUCCGAUGCUCAGUUGAGAUUGGCCCCCGAGACCGUCAUUCCACUCCGAAACCUUCAUACACCCCCAAACGCAAAUACUCCUUCGGCUCUAGGGAGUUCUCGCCGGAAGAAGGUCGAGUUUUCGGCGAAGACGGAAUACAGAGAGCCGCUCGAAUACCAGAGCAACGAGGAUGUCCGCCGCCAAAGAACCCCCGCAUCGAUACCGCAUCGCUCGGCCCCCGUCAAGUCCAUACUAAAGGUCACAUCCUCACCUGCGCCGAACCCGCUUGACCCGGCAAACGGCUGCAGCCCCGGCGGCAUCAAUCUGCCUAAUAUGCUGGAAUCAUCCCUUGCCCAGCUAGCCGGCACUGACCGUGACGCCAAGGUCGAUGCCUAUACCAUGAUCGUCCGGGCGCUCAAGAUCUCCAAUAACCUCCCCGACCGCAUCGCUUUGCAGGACAAAAUGCCAUUGUUCAUGCAGUUCAUCCAGCGUGAUAUCUCAACAAACACAGGGGAUGUUUCUCUGGUCAACCAUGCCUACCGCCUGCUUACCACUUUUCUUCACUUUCCUGCCAUUGCCUCUACCAUCGCAAACGACUCUGCCGUCUUUAUCAUCGACCAUUGCAUCAAGAUACUUACUGAUGGUUCGAUUUCGAAAGAAAUGGCCAAGAAUGUUCUCCUGAUCCUCUCAGCCCAGAGCUUCUCGCUCAAGGUCAUGACCUCGGACCGUGUUGGGAAAGUCGUUACAGCCUUGCACUCCAUCCCAGACAGUAUCAUGGACAACAAGAAUGCGUUCAUCGGUCGUAUGUCCGCAUACAGGAAUUUGGUCAAAAGGUACAAGCCUUUGAUGGUUCAAAAUUCGGAAUGGUUGCUCGACUUCUUCAUGGCCAUGGUUACAACCAAGAAGGAAGUUCUCCCUGAGAUUAUACGUUACGUCGAAGACGUGACCUUUAUGCUCUGCACGGAGAAGCCUUUUAUUCGAAAGGUGCUUGCAUUCCUUCAGCAGCCAUUUCCUACCCAGAACGACCGCUCAUUUGUCGAAUGGUUCGAGGGCAAGCUUCAGGAGAUGCUGCUGAACCAAGAGACCUGCCGUUUUGUUCCCGUCAUCUGGAGUGUUGUGACUCUGUUGCUACCCAACAUCGGCGAAUGGGACUUGUUUACCAAAUGGAUGAGGCUCAUAAUGGCCUGUUUCAAUCACAGACUGAUUUGUGUUCAAAUCGAGGCCAACCGUGCCUUUCCCAGGCUUGCAUAUGCGUUUUUGAAUGGGAAUCCCUCUAUUGGCAAGAAGCACCUGAGCCUGCUGUGCUCGCCAUACAAUGCUGCCCAGAAACGUGCAACUGGAGUUGGGAAAGAAUUCGAUGAGCUGGCCGAAGCCAUCCUUAACGGUAUAUACGCAUUGUUGUUCUUGAUCUUUCGGCCUCCUUCUGCGCCGGUCAAGCAAGGCGACCUCGAACGUUAUUGGGAUCAAGCUCUUAUGCCAGUCAUGCGGAGACUCAUGGAAAAGCAACUGAAUGGCAGAGACACAUGCGCUCACGUCAUAGUCAUUCUGACUGGGCUCUUUGACUGCUCUACCCAGAGAGUAUGGAAGCCGCAGCGCAUAUUUGACGGCUCCCCUAUCAGUCCCACAGAGUUGCUUGCCAUCGACCCCAAGUGGCUUCGUCGCAACUCCGGGAGAGUGUUUGCUGUUCUGGAGCCAAUGCUGAGAAAGUCUUACCAAGAGCUAUCAAACACUAGGAGUGCGGCUCAUGGGCUGUGGCGUGCCCUCGUCGGAGCCGUGGCUACAGCCGGCUCCAAGGAGAUCAAGGUCUCCGCCGAAACUGCUGGCUUCUUGGGUCAUGCCCUUGGGCUUCUUGCGAGAAUUUGGGCUAAUGGCGUCCCAAUGCUGCAAUCUCAGAGUGGAGGCUCCGUGCAAUUCCUGGCCAGCACCAGAGAAUUCAUUCUGGUAAUGACUGACAAGCUUGGACGCCUACCCUUCACCGAGAAGGUAUUGGCUAUGGACCAAGAUAGAACUCUCGUCCCGUCAACGCCGUCACACCGCUCUGGCAAACAUCAAAAAAGCUCGCGAGCCACUAUUCAUCACAUGUUCUUGAUCUUGGCCGACUUACCGCCAGGCGUACUAGACAACGAUGAUCUCGUCGACUUUUUCCGAACAGUCUUCACCCCUUUGCUCAACGCAAGAGACGCGCAAGCUCGCAAGAGCGCAGCCCAAGACUUGAUCCAGCUUGUUCCCGUAGACAAGUUAUGCCCAGCAGCGCCUUGGUCUUUUGUUUCUGAGCUGAUUACUGCGGGGAUGGAGUCGUCAAGCAUCCACGGUGCCCCUAACAUGUUGAGCAAUGACGUACUGCUUGGACAGGAGUACCGUGGAAUUGUCAAGAUUCUGGAACGAGGUCUGAGCCGAACGCAAAACCUUCCGUGGCCGAGAUGGCAAUCUUUGUACGACUCUUUACACAAACAGGUACGGCAAGCAGCUGGGGAUGCUGGGACUGCAAUUAUCCUCAUCGAACCGUUGGCCAAGAUCCUUUUGGACGAGCUUUCAGAAGACGGGUCGCUACUGUUGGACAACGUUCGAGGUUUCAUCAAUCUAAUUUCCUCAGCCACACAACCGCGGGAUCGACAGGCUCUAGAUGCCGCUCGCCGCAAUCUUUGGGGCACUUCAGUUACAGGCUCUAGAUCCGUAUCGUAUGAUCCCUUUGACAACCUUUACCGCCUUGCGAACUCGAUACUGGUUCGUCUUUACAGCCUGAAGGAAAACUCAGAGGAUGCAGAAAACGCCACAGUUAUUUCCUUGAGGGAAGUCGAAAAGUUUUUCAGUAGAUGCACACGACAGCUUGAGCUUCAAACCCUAAAAAGCUUUCAACCAGGCCUUGUUCCCUGGAUUCGAGACGAGGAUACCCGACUCAAUAGCCGUCUGUCCAUACCGGUUGUCGAAAUAGCAAAGUCUCUCUGGGAUCGGGUCGUAGGCCUUAUAAGCAAUAUGGACACCCAUGAAGCAUUGCCUCUAGCCGCUUUAGAGGAUAUCUUAUGCGCUGCAUUCGAAAGCAAACACAGACAUAUUGUCAACUCAGUAUCGACUCUAUGGAACAAAAUGGUUGAAAACGCCGAAAACAUAUCAUACCCCGAUAAAUUGAAGGCUGUUUUGGUCUCCCGACAGCAUUUUAUAGACAUUGCCCUCCCUGGGAUCGACUUGUCCCAAAACACUGCCUUUGCUGCAUAUACGCAGGAGUUAGACAUGAUUGACACUCAAGAAGACAUGGGCAUGUUGGAUGCGGACUUGACCAAGUCAAAAUCACCCGUAAAGAAAGUUUUCACGCCGGUCAAGACUUCAUUGACCAGAAGAAGUCCUAGGAAAACACCGUCUGCUUCGAGCGGACUUAGGAAGUCGUCAGUGAACAAGCGACGGAAAACAAAAGCAAGCCCCAGGGUUCUGCGCCACGAUAACUCGCAGGUCGAUUUUGCCCCCAUUGAUUCAUCACCUUCUGCAAUGACUUUUAAUUCUCAGAUCCUCACCGAGCGGCAAAAGGAGGUUCGGGCGAGACAGAAGUCCGCUGCUGCUAUAUUGCCAGAAAUGAUGGAUGACGAGGUGCAAGAUAUCAACAACUCUGGACCAGGGCCUUCACUGCAACCGAUACCGGAACCGUUAUCGCCGGCCAACCGGGAUUUGCCUCGCGCGACUACACCUGAGAAGACGGGAAUAUUCAAUGAUUAUGUCAGUUCUACGCCUACUCCUCGGCGUGGCCAGCUUCUGCACAUAAUCGACAAUGACAAUGCCGAUCCGCCAUCAUCGCCACCGGAACCCAGGAGAUACCCACUGAUACCUGAACUCAACGUUCGGGGUAGCAAUGGUGGUCUUUUGGACGAUUGGCAACUGUCGUCAUCUCCGCCAUCCGGCACUCCUGAACCUGAGCCUGCUGAAUUAUUAGCAGGGCCGGUUGCUAUGCCGGUGCACGACGACGUGGACGGUAAAAUGGUCAUCGACGAGACUAAGUACGAUCUGGAACAGAGUGAGGAGGUCGUAGAAUCCGUGGAUGAGAGACGACACAGAUCCACACCAUCGAGGCAGCCGCGGUCUGCAAACAGACCCACAAGACAGUCCACGCGAUUGUCGCUACCAGUUACUCCACGCCGGAGCCGCCGGUUCAACGAAUCUUCCGAAGGGUCUCCCAAAUCAGGCGGUGAUGUUUGUAUUGAUACUCUAAUCAGUCCAAAAGCGCAUUUCCCGACAGAUCCUACUCCAACGGAUGAUACAUCCUUUGAACAAAGCAUGCUUAGGCUUGUUGUCGAACUAGACAGCCAGGAUCGACCGGUCACGAACUUUGUGGAGCCUACACCUUCGCCUGAAAAGAAUCAGCCUGUGCAGUCAAGCUGUGCUGUCGUUCAGGAUGCCCACGGCGAGAUACAGCAACACGGCACCCCGAGUGUCGCUCCGCUGGAAUGCAUUACCGUCGGUGGGAAGCACUUGAGACGAGGACGCGGACGACCCUCCAAGUCAAAAGAAGGCUCGUCGUCACAAUCGACCGAUCCCUCUGAAAUUUUGGAGCCUAGUUUGAGAGACACGCCUGAUCUCUCUCCUAGCAAACAUAAGCGAAAGAGGGAAUCAUCAUCUGUGACCGAGGAUAGUGCCAAUAUAAGUCCCAAAAAGCCCAAGCACCGACAAGCCUCGGAGAGCCAACAGGAGACCCUCGACAGUCAGGCGACGGGUCAGAUGGCAGCCCCAGGUACGUCGUACUUCUCCCUCAACUUUGUGGGCAAGAUCCUAAGGACCUUUUUCUUUAGGGGCAACGGCACAGCCGAGGACUAGAAGUGCGACUGCACGAGAAAAACGCGCGUCUCAGACACUCGGCAUUGUUGGAUGUUUACAGCGUCAUAUUGAAGGGAGGUUGGAGGUCAUUCCCGACGGCGGUGUAGUAGCAGACACCGAAUCGCAGGUCCAGUCGCAGAUUGCGCAAGAGGAGGCAGAGAGCCGAAAGACGGAGAGAAUUAUCACACAUGAGGAGGCUCACGCGGCCAUAGCGAUAGAUGUCUCCCCUUCUGGCCCUGCCAUUGCAGAAGUUUCAAAAGAGCAGAGUAAGACCAAUAAGUCGGCCGAGUCACCAUUUGCGACCAUUUUGGCAAUGCUUAAGGGAGGCUUAGAAGCCCUUCAGGAGGCCGAGUUGUCCAGGAGCGAGGUUUCAGAGCUUGAAGAUGUUUGUAUGGAUUUCAAACGUGAGUUAUAUGCUGCGGAGAAAAGGGGGAGAGCUUAAUGGUUGUUGUAAAAACACAACGGAACGGUACCGAUUCGGUGAGACGGAUGUCAUAUUUACUCACAAGGGAGCAAUCCUAGGGUGUUCCAAGCGUGAGUACGAGCACUACAUAUUGAAUGAUCAUGAGUUUUAUUUUCACAUGUCUUGGUUCCAAGAGCGGAUAGUUGAGGACAGCACUGACGAUAAGUAUCAAGUACAUCUAUACACAGCACCUGUGCAAAAUUAACGCAAUUAUUGCAAAAUCCCACCAAAAGUCACCAUAUUCACAAAGCUGCAACUUUGUUAAUAUAAAAGGCACAGCUUUUUUUAUUCUGGCAGCUUAUAUAAAUUUAUAUAAUAUAAUAUACAUUUACAUUUUAC